AUGGCACCGUUCCACUGGCAAUCGAACGUGAAUGUGCAGCAUGUGGGUGUGGAUGACAUGGUGCUGCUCAGCAAGCUCACUGAGCAGGCCAUCGUCGAUAACCUAAGGAAGCGGCUGCAUGGAAACAGUAUCUUUACCUACAUCGGUCCAGUAUUGAUCUCUGUGAAUCCAUUUAAGCAAAUGCCAUAUUUUACCGAGAAGGAGAUGGAUCAGUAUCAAAGCGCAGCACAGUAUGAGAACCCACCUCAUAUCUAUGCUGUGGCCGACAAUAUGUACAGAAAUAUGCUGAUCGACAACGAAUCCCAGUGCGUUAUCAUCAGUGGUGAGAGCGGUUCGGGUAAGACGGUGGCCGCAAAAUUCAUCAUGAGCUACAUUUCACGGAUUUCUGGAGGUGGUUCAAAGGUUCAGCACGUCAAAGAUGUGAUUCUGCAAUCGAAUCCGCUUCUGGAAGCAUUUGGUAAUAGCGCCACCAUCCGUAACUGGAACUCGUCCCGUUUCGGCAAAUACGUGCAGAUCGUAUUCGGACGAGGAGGAGAACCAGUAGGCGGCAAGGUGACGAACUUCUUGUUGGAAAAAUCACGAGUGGUACGACAGAAUUGCGGCGACCGAAAUUUUCAUAUUUUCUAUCAGCUUUGCGCUGGUGCUGACAAAAAUAUCAGAUCGACCCUCGGAAUCGGAGACCUCGACUAUUACAAUUACCUCAACCACAGCGGCGUCUACAGAGCCCCGGACACCGACGACGCCAAGGAAUUCCAACAAACGCUGCAUGCGAUGAAGGUGGUGGGCCUUAGCGAGGAGACGCAGCUGGAGAUUCUCAAGCUGGUGUCGGCCGUUCUUCACAUUGGGAACAUCACCUUUGUGGAAGACAACAAUUUUGCUGCCGUCGAGGCGCCUGAUUUUUUACAGUACCCAGCGUUCUUACUCGGCCUAUCAUCUGAAUCCAUUCGACAUAAACUGACAGCGCGGAAGAUGGAAAGCAAAUGGGGCACGAGAACUGAACAAAUCGACGUGACGUUGAACGUCCAACAAGCAAAUUACACUCGAGAUGCUUGGGUGAAGGCGAUUUACGCCCGAAUUUUCGAUUACUUAGUGACUUCGGUGAACAAUGCUAUUCGAGUAGCUGAAGGUUUGGAUAUGAGUCUUUCCAUUGGUAUACUUGAUAUUUACGGGUUCGAAAUAUUUGAAAAUAAUGGAUUUGAACAGUUUUGUAUCAACUUUGUGAACGAAAAACUACAACAGAUCUUUAUUGAACUAACACUGAAAGCCGAACAGGAGGAAUACGUACGGGAGAAGAUUCGUUGGCAAGAGAUUGAGUACUUUAACAAUAAGGUUGUAUGCGACCUUAUCGAAGCGAAGAAACCUCCUGGUAUAAUGUGUGUUCUGGACGACGUAUGUGCGCAGAACCACGGACAAUCCGAAGGAGUUGACUCUCAGCUUCUGACCAGUCUGAACAGGGCCUUCUCGCAACACCCGCACUAUCAACCCGGUGCCGAGUGUUUCCUCGUUAGGCACUAUGCCGGUGAUGUCGUCUACAAUGUGGAUGGUUUCUGUGAUCGUAAUCGUGACGUACUCUACCCAGAUCUCAUCGUGCUCAUGCAGCAAACGAACGCCCUUGUCGAAUCUCUGAUGAAGUGCACUCCGCAUUAUGUACGCUGUAUCAAACCGAAUGAAACCAAAAAACCCGGUGAUUGGGACGAACAAAGGGUUCGACAUCAGGUCGAGUACCUCGGUUUGCGGGAGAACAUUCGGGUUCGGCGAGCGGGCUUCGCCUACCGACGUCCUUUUGAGAAGUUCCUCUGGCGAUACGCUAUCCUAACCAAUGAGACUUGGCCGUGUUAUCGUGGAGACCCCGUACGAGGCUGUCAGAUAAUCUGCCGUAGUGUUAACAUGGAUCCCGAUCAAUAUCAAAUGGGAGCGAGCAAGAUCUUCAUCAAGAACCCGGAAUCAUUGUUCUUACUGGAGGAGGUUCGAGAGAGGAAAUACGACGGAUUCGCCCGAAAGAUUCAAAAAGCUUGGCGACAAUUCAGUGCAAGGAAGCAUCACGCUAAACGAAAAGAACAAGCAUCUGAUCUACUCUAUGGCAAAAAGGAACGACGACGGUACUCACUUAAUAGGAACUUCGUCGGCGACUAUAUUGGUCUCGAACAUCACCCGGCUUUACAGAGUCUUAUCGGCAAACGAGAGCGUGUGGAUUUCGCCCAUACGGUCACAAAGUACGAUCGGCGCUUUAAGGUAACUUCUAAACUGGAUCUUCUUCUGACGGCAAAACACCUCACUUUAAUUGGCAGGGAAAAGUCAAAAAACAAAGCAAAUAAGGGCCAACUGAUUGAAGUCAUUAAGAGACAAAUCGAUAUCGCUCAUAUCUUAUCGAUUGGCUUGUCACCGUACCAAGAUGACUUCGUGAUUGUGCAAGUCCGUGAAAACUACACAUCAUUACUAGAGACACCGUUCAAAACCGAAUUCGUAACCACGUUAAGCAAACACUUCAAGGAACGCACACGUGGUGGUAUUAUGCAGUUGGAAUUUCUGCCUACUCAUACGAUCACGCUGAAGAAGACACGAUUCGGAGGCGGUACUCGCACUGUGGUCUUCCAUGUGGCCGGCGUGAGUGCGGCCUGUGAACUGAGACCGAACGGGCACACACUGCACGUCACUGUCGGCCAAGGCCUACCCAACACUACACGUCCAUCUAUGGCAAGGCCAACCACCGGUUAUCAGAGACGGGUCGAUCGUCUACGAACGUCGACGAGAAGAACGCCUUGCCGAACGUCACCUCCUGGUCACGAAGUGCAGCGCUUAAAUGUCUCCCAUGGCAUGACUAACGAGGUGAGCGACUCGUCACAAUAUCUUUCUCGGAUAGGAAUAAUAACACCCAGCUCUCGAGCUACACUAAUGGAGGCAUCGCGACCGAACAAACCGAAGCCGCCAACGAAACCACGGCUCUAUCCAGUUGUGAAAGCAAUUUAUGACUAUGAUGCACAAGAUACGGACGAGUUAUCGUUUUCGGCUGGGGACGAGAUUGAGCUUAUGCAGAGACACGAAUCCGGUUGGUGGCAAGGAAAAAUGGGCAACAGAAUCGGCUUGUUUCCAGCCAACUACGUGCAGGAAUAA